CAUUCAGCACCUCAGACAUACUGACCAUGCAGUGGACGCUCUUGUUCAGCUCUUGCUUCUGCUUGCACAACGUUCUUCUUUCCGCUCAAGGAAUUUCCAGAGAUGGAGAGAUUAUCAAACAGAUUAAAGGCACAAACCAAGAGCUUGCUGAAAUCAAGGAAUUAUUAAAACAACAGAUACAGGAAAUAGUUUUUCUGAAGAACACGGUUAUGGAGUGUGAAGCCUGUGGCAUGCGAGCAGUUGAACCGCAGAACGCAUGCGAUCCCAACCCCUGCCACUCUGGAGUAGAAUGCAUUGUAACACCCGGUGGGUUCAGGUGUGGCCCGUGCCCAGAUGGCUUGACAGGAAAUGGAACUCAUUGUAUGGAUGUUGAUGAGUGUUCUGUAAUGCCGUGUCACAUGGGGGUGAGAUGCAUAAAUACGUCACCUGGUUUCCGCUGCGGCCCUUGUCCUGCUGGUUACACGGGUCCUCAGGUGCAGGGGGUAGGACUUGCAUACGCAUCUGCAAACAAGCAGAUCUGCACAGACAUUAAUGAAUGUGAGAACUCAAAUGGAGGCUGUGAGGAGAACUCCAACUGCGUCAACACACCGGGUUCUUUUCGAUGUGGCCGCUGUAAGCCUGGUUAUAAUGGAGAUCAGGUGAAAGGCUGUAAACCAGAGCGUGCUUGUGGCAACGGGCAGCCGAACCCUUGCCAUGCCAGUGCAGAAUGUAUCGUUCACCGUGAUGGACAGAUCGAAUGUGUGUGUGGAGUUGGAUGGGCUGGGAAUGGAUACUUGUGUGGAGCAGACACCGAUAUCGAUGGCUUUCCUGAUGAAAAGUUGAAAUGUGAUGAGAGGAACUGUGCAAAGGACAACUGUCUCACUGUUCCAAACUCUGGCCAAGAGGAUGCAGACAAAGACAACAUUGGUGAUGCAUGUGAUGAGGAUGCAGAUGGAGAUGGCAUCUUAAACACAGAAGACAACUGUGUCCUCGUCCCCAAUGUGAAUCAAAAAAAUAUUGACCAGGAUGAUUACGGAGACGCUUGCGACAAUUGUCGUCUGAUCAAAAACAAUGACCAGAAGGACACAGAUGGCGAUGGUGACGGUGAUGAAUGUGAUGACGACAUAGAUGGAGAUGGGAUCAAAAACAAUAAGGAUAACUGCAAAAAGGUACCAAACCGGGACCAGAAAGACAGAGAUGGUGAUAAUGUUGGUGAUGCUUGCGACAGUUGUCCUUACAUCCGAAACCCUGAUCAGACGGAUGUGGACAAUGAUUUAAUUGGCGAUCCUUGUGACACCAACAAAGACAGUGAUGGAGAUGGUCAUCAGGAUUCCCGUGACAACUGUCCUGCAGUGAUCAACAGCUCCCAGCUGGACACAGACAAGGACGGCAUUGGAGAUGAAUGUGAUGAUGAUGACGACAACGAUGGCAUUCCCGAUCUCCUUCCACCUGGUCCAGACAACUGCCGUCUGGUACCAAACCCACUGCAGGAGGAUUUUGAUGGCGAUGGAAUUGGUAACGUUUGCGAGAACGACUUCGACAAUGACACAAUAAGCGAUGUUGUUGAUGUUUGCCCAGAGAACGCUGAGGUCACUCUCACCGACUUUAGAACUUAUCAGACUGUUGUUCUGGAUCCAGAAGGUGAUGCACAAAUUGAUCCAAACUGGGUGGUGCUCAAUCAGGGAAGAGAGAUUGUUCAGACCAUGAACAGUGAUCCUGGACUGGCUGUGGGCUACACCGCAUUCAAUGGCGUGGACUUUGAAGGGACGUUUCACGUGAAUACUGAAACGGAUGAUGACUAUGCAGGCUUCAUCUUUGGCUAUCAGGACAGCUCCAGUUUCUACGUGGUGAUGUGGAAACAGGUGGAGCAGAUCUAUUGGCAAGCCAAUCCUUUCCGGGCUGUUGCCGAGCCUGGCAUCCAACUUAAAGCAGUGAAGUCAGACACUGGUCCUGGAGAGAACCUCCGCAACUCACUCUGGCACACAGGUCACUCAUCCAACCAAGUGAAGCUCUUGUGGAAAGAUGCCAGAAAUGUUGGCUGGAAAGAUAAGACCUCCUACCGUUGGUUCCUCCAGCACAGACCUCAAGAAGGUUACAUCAGGGUUCGGUUCUAUGAAGGCACGCAGAUGGUGGCAGACACAGGAAUUAUCAUUGACACGACUAUGAGAGGAGGCAGACUGGGAGUUUUCUGCUUCUCUCAAGAGAACAUCAUCUGGGCCAACCUGCGCUACCGAUGCAAUGAUACCAUUCCUGAGGACUUUGAAGCAUUCAGAACCCAGCAAAUCCAGCUUUUUUAAACUCACAC